AUGUGCGUGACCGACGGCGGCGGUUACGCGGACGACCAACAACAUCAGCAACAACUCCAGCCGCACCAAUAGCAACAGCACCGUCGGCACCAACACCACCACCAGCAGCAGCAACAACAACAACAACAACAACAACUUCGACUGCAAGCGGCGAUGGUGGACGACCGUGGCGGCGGUGGUUGCCGGCAAAGUCAUUCGGAAAAGUUCGCUGAACAGACGGACAUGGCCGAGACCGGUACGAGCGGCACCGAAGUCGUAGUCGUCACCGCCGCUGACGCGUCUAAAGAAAACCACAACGGGCCACCGCCGUCGUCGUCGUCGGACGUCUCCGUGUUGGCCGCCACAUACGCUACGGCUGCAGCCGAAUACGUCGCGUCGUCUCAAGUACAAGUAUCCUCCAUACCCGUCGGGCAGCUCAUUAACGUGUCGGGCGCUGGCAUGUUUAACGUUAUUACCGCCGAUUCGAUGCAGCUUUCGGAAUCAAAUGAUUUCAAACCUCUCUUGUGCGUGAAUAAUAGAUUUUUAAAUUGUGAUACACGCACUCAAGUUGAUGGUGAUACGUGGCGAACUGUAGUUCGAUCCGAAGAUGGCACUUUCAAACCUGCUCAUAUUGGACCAGAUAACUCAACCACUAAUAAUGUUCACACAGAAGAGACUGAUCAAGGUGUAUCAUCCCCAAAUACAGCACCUUGUUGUUCAUAUACCGAAGCUGCCAAGUUCCCAGUAUUACCAGUACGAUGCAAAACCACCAACGCAGAGCUGCAUAAAAAAAAAUUUGGAUCUGGCUGUCGAGGCAAGUGUAUUAAGUUUGAAAACCAAUGGUACACACCUAGUGAAUUUGAAGCCCUUUGUGGGAGGGCUUCUAGUAAGGACUGGAAAAGAAGUAUACGAUUUGGUGGCCGUAGUUUGCAAACAUUAGUAUACGAUGGAGUUUUAUUACCACAUGCUAUGAGUUGUGUAUGUGCAGCCUGUUGUGAUGACGAAUCUGCUACUGACCCCGUACGACUGUUUACUCCAUACAAACGAAUACGUACCAAAAAACAUUCGUCUAGUCGUUCAAAGAAGAAAAAAAUUGAAGAUGGUAUAACUCUUAGUAAUGGUGAAGAUAGUUGUGAUAGCAGUAUAGGUAUAUCAAUAGACAAUGAUGAUAUCGAUAUAAAAAAUGAUGAAGCCAUACUUCUACAGACGGGUGAUGUUUCUCAAGCUGAAAUUGUUCAAUCAAAUGAUUCAAUAGGAGAUAUGUUUAAAAAAUUAGAAAAUAUGUCAUCGAGAAUGAUUAAAAUGGUUCACCAUUUUCGUAACUCUAUGCGUGUUGCUAAGUACAAAUGGAGUAUGGAAAAACAAGAGUUGUUAGCAAAACUUAAGAGGGCCAAUGAUAAUUCUAUAGAAAAUAGGAAUGUUUUUGACGUGGAGACAGUUUCAAGUGUGGCGGCAGAAUUACAGCCAAGUAAUGAUGAUAAACCAGAUGUUAAAAAGUGUGCCAAUUGCAAUAGAGAUGCAUUUGCAGAAUGUUCAUUGUGUCGACGUACAUCAUAUUGCUCUACGUUUUGUCAAAGUAAAGACUGGAACAAUCAUCAAGUGGAAUGCAUCAAGGGAAGCAUUAUGGUCAUUGUACAAACUCAACAAUGA